GGGAGAGAGGAGAGAGUCGUUGGCCCAGUAUGUGUUAGUUAAGGUUGUGGCGUGAAGGGGAAGGGAGGACGAGCUGCUGGUGCCUGGCGAGUUGAGUGAGUGAGUGAAGGAGGGAGUGAGCGAGUGUGAGGGGAACUGUGUGUCUCUACCUGUCGACGGAAUUUGUGGAUUUGUAUACCGGGUUGAAAGCACCUUCGUCACAAUGGACAUGCUACAAUCCGCCAACAACGCCAUCCUCAACACCAAGACCUCCGUGGACACCUUCUCUACCGGGCUCAACGACUUGGCGGACUCAGUUGGCUCCGGACCCUUCAUCGCCCUGGUAGCCGGUGCGUUGGUCUUGGCGGCGGGUUUUGCGGGCAUCUCCGUGACGGGGAUCGCAAGAGUGGACGAGUACUUCGGGUGGCCGAUCUGGUCGUCUAUCUUCCCCACGUGGCGUGUUGAUGAGGCCAAGAAGCAGUUAAAGAGGAAACGCGACGACGUGGCGCAGGAGGUGGCGAGUCUGGUCCAGCAAGCGGUCCACAAGUACUACCAGAUAGAGGAGCAGCAGCUAGUCCAAAGUCUGCCUCACUCCGGCUAUUAGUCACCUCUCCUCUCCUACCUGACAACGCCGCCCCCACCGUCUCCCAUCCCCUCAAGCCCCAGCCAGACAACACUCAUUAUUCUUAGCAGCACAGUUUUCUACGACCUCCUCCUCCUGCUUCUUUUUCUUCUUCCUCCUGCUCCUCCUCUCCACUUUACUGUCCUCCUUCUCUUCCUACUUCCCUUCUUCCUUCUUCUCUUCCUCCUCCUACUGAUACUCCGUUCUUCUUUUUUUUUUCCUUCGUAUCUUCAUCCCGACUUUUCUUUCUCUCCUCCCUUUAUUUCUCCUCUUCCUCUUCCUCCUUCUCCUUCGUGCUAUGAGCCUUCUCUCUCCUCUUUAUAACUCUUGAUUUUAUUCUGCUUAUCUUUAUCGUUUUUCCUCUCUUUUACUUCUUCUAUUCUUCUAUCAUUUUUUCCUCCUCCUCCUCCUUCUAUUCCUCCCUGAUUUUCUCCAUUUCCUUCUUCUCCUCUUCUACAGUUCGUUAUUCUCCUUUUCCUCCUUCUUCUAAUCUAUCUUCUCCAUUUUCUCCCUCCUCCUCCUAAUCAUCAUCUUUCCCUCUUCACCAUUUUCACCAUCAUCAUCAUCAUCAUCAUCACCAUCAUCGUCGUUGUCACCAUUUCCCAUUGUCACCGCAAACUCAUUUACCUCUUGACAGCUUUCUUUUUCCUCCUCCUCCUCCUCUUCCUCCUCCUCCUCUUACCCCUCCUCCUCCUCUUACACUUCCUCUUCCUGUUAAAAACCAGCCUUGUAUUUACUAUGAUGACUUGCUCCUCGUGGUUCGCAAUAUGUCUUUGUACUACAGUGACUAUUUUUUUUUCUUAAUAUUAUAUCCUAUUUAUUUAUUUAUUCACUUAUUUAUUUAUUUAUUUAUUAAGUAAGUUAGUUAUCCAUAUCGUUAGAUGGUAGACGAAUUACUAUAGUGUGUGUGAGUGCGUGUGUGUGUGUGUGAGUAGGCAUUAAGCACUUUUAUAGUCCCUCUCAACAAGGUCACUAAAUCCGUAUUAAUGUAUUUGAGAGAGAGAGAGAGAGAGAGAGAGAGAGAGAGAGACGCGUUCUAUUCCUGUAUUUUAUGUCCUGUCCUUUUCUCGUCAACGUCGCUUUCCUCUCUCUCUCUCUCUCUCUCUCUCUCUCUCUCUCUCUCUCUCUCUCUCUCUCUCUCUCUCUCUCACACAAGGUUAUUAUUCCCUCCUUUCUCUAUAUAUAUUUUUUUCUUCCGUUAUGCUUCUCUAUGUCUAUUUUUGUGCGUCUCGAUGAGCGUCUGUAUGUCUGUUUGUUCUACCGUGUGUCUCGUCUGUCUGUAUGUAUAGUUGUAUGUGUGUAUGUAUUUGUUGAUUAUAUUCUCUCUUUCUUUCUUCUUUCUUUCUUUCUUUCGUUAAUUUAUCAAUAUUUCUCUUUCUUUAUCUCACACAUAAACUUAUUUCCGUAUUUACUUUGUUAGCCCACUACCAUCUUCGUCGAUUAUUUUCACUCUUUUUUUCUCUAUUUAUCUGUCUAUCUACCUAUCUAUUCAUCUAUCUAUCUAUCUAUGUAUCUAUCCUCUGAACACACACACAUACUUAUUUCCUUACUCCCUUUGUUUUUCCACUAUGUUGUACCUGCAUUCAUUCGUCGCUACUGCAUCGUACGUAAAUAGAGUUAAGUUUGUUACACGAGCACUUGUUACCUAAAUAAAAACACACACA